GAUCUCUCCCUUUCCCUCCCCUCCUCUGCCGUGGCUACAUUCGUCUCGCAGCGGGUGAUUUUGUUGUUGAUCUUGCGUCAAAUUGAAAGCAGUCUCACAAUGGCAGUGAGUCUCUCGAGCGGUGAGCUCAUUGACAUUGUGGAUCAUGACAAUAGCGUCAUCAGCACCGCCACGAGAAGGGAGAUGAGAUGUGACAAUCUUCUGCACAGGUCAUUUCAUGAGAGACCGAACAGACUCUGCCUGCCGUCUUCCCGUCGUGUGCCGUCCUCCCUUGCUGCUGCAGGUCGACUGCGUGUGUUGUGUUGGAUACGACGCUGAAGAGCCUCUUCAUCCACAAGCGGACGAGCGUAAAAGACUAUUUUCCCUCUCACUUUGACGUGAGCUUUGGCGGUGUGGUUGCUGCCGGGGAGUCGUAUGAAGACAAUGUCGUCCGAGAGAUCAAGUAGGGAUGAGGCUUUCACGGAUCAAGGUGGAACACAGUGAGUAGGUGACACUCGCAGGGACUGUGUUUCUCUGUCUAUCUGCCUGUCUGUGUCCUUUGUGUCUGUCGUGUCUGAGUAGGGAGGAGGCCGGCAUUGAAGGCGCCAAGCUGCACCAGCUGACGACAGUCUAUCACGAGGACGACAGGGCGAGGGUGUUCACUUGUAUCUUCCUCACCGUCUUUGCCGGCGACGUGACCGACCUCAUUGCCCAGCCUGAGGAGGUCGAGUACAUCGAGAAGGUGGCUGUCGAGGAGGUGCAGAGGCGGAUCGACAGCGGCGUCCCCUUUACUGGCGAUGCGAAACGAGUGUUCGCAACCGUUCGCCAGUUCCUACAGAGCGCUGAAGCAAUCGAGGUGCUCGAGGGACUGGCUGAAGCAGACGUCGGUAAUCCUGUUGUCGAUGAGCUAGACGACUGGGAGGACGGGCUGACAGCCGCCAUAGAGCAGGUGGAGCGCAUCGUCACACCCUGUAAUGAAGAGCUGGAGAGCACCAGGGCGGAGGAGAUCUUGGCUCUCAAGGACAUCUAUGGUGACGAUUUUGUGGCGCUGUCGAAUGACUUGAUCUUCAUCAAACUGCGGCCGCUGGCCCUCACACACGAGCACGGCGACGAGCACGGCGUGAUAGCGUCGCUGAUGAUUCUGCUGACGUCCAAGUACCCCUUCCGCUGUCCAGUAUUCGAAAUCGACUCCGACAAGCUCACUCUCGCGCAGGCCGAUUCGCUGUGGGGGCUGCUCGAGAGGGAGGCAGGGCGGCUGAUUGGAGGCGUCAUGCUGCACGAGCUGGUGUCUGUCGCCACUCACUUCAUCAGCGAGGUGAUUGAGGAGGAGAGGCGAAGGGCAGAGGAAGCUGACCGCAAACAAAAGCAAGAGGCGGACGAAGCGGUACGUAUGUACGCAAAGGACAAACGGACGGACGGACGGAGAAAAGGAAUGUGCGUUGUCCAGAUCAUCCACUAUGAUCACUCACUGCUCAUGUGUGUGCGGUGCGUCUUGGCGCUGCAGGCUGUCUUCGAGGGCAGCGGUCACGAGCACAUCAACCUGUCUCCUGCCCACGCCACUCUUCCGUCAGCUCCAUCGAUCUUCAAGUACUCACCUCAGCGGUAUGUGUGCCUGUCUACCGUGCUCAAGCAGCUCCCACCACACCAAAAGGUGGUUCAUGUGGAGACCAUACUCAGAGAUGACCACGCCAGACGGGUAGAUAGGGUAGACAGAGAAAUGAAAUGAAGGCCGGGCCGCACAGCUGUGUGUGUGUUUGGUUCCUGUCCGCCUGCAUUGUCCUCUGUGUGUAUGAAUAAUGAAUGAGUGCAGUUUGAACGUGAGCAACAACGGCUUGAGGAGAAGUUUAGUGGCCAGCCGGUGGGGCACUGGACGUACCACCCCACAAAGGUAUAUUGUGCCUUCCAUGGUACGAGCUACGGGCGGGUCAGGAGCAUCGUCAGGAGGGGCUUGCUGGUGCCAGGUCGGUAUGCUCACUCGUGUGUGCGACGAUUAAGGACACCAACCUGCGGCCAAACGACACGUGCGUCCUGUGCUGUGGUCCGCUUGUGCAGGCAGCGCCAAUGACGUGACCCACAAGACCGACGAAGGCUUUUACGGGCGUGGUGCGCAUCCACCUGUGGGGCGGGGGCAUUUGUCUCACUCACUCACCUGUUGGCGGUGAAUCCUAUCAUGCUUUUGUACGUGUGUGGUCUGCCCAGGUAUAUAUCUGUCGCCGAGCGCCUCGGUGUCGUUCGGCUACUGCGGUGCUGAGGGCCGUCUGUUAGUGUGUGCGGUGCUGCUUGGGCGUCCAUACCGGUGUCACCACACGAUUCUGGGAGGCACCAAGGUAGAGGGUUUUGACACCCACAUGUCAGCCAAUGAACAAGAAUGGAUCUUCUUCACUCCCGAUACAGUAAGGCAGGCAGGAAGGCAGUCAGUCGGUCAGUGAGUGGGUCUCUAUGUAUGCUGGUGUGAGUUCAGGUGCUGCCGGUGUAUGUCAUUCGUGUGUGUGACGGUAUGGACCGAGCCGUCCCAUCCUAUGCGCCCAAGCCGCCCCCACUGGCUGCCCUCCUCAAUGAUGGCAUCACAGGGGUAGACUCGCUGCCCACCAAGGGAAAAGGUACGUGCAAUGCGUGACCACCAACUCACUCCUAGCACAAUGACACCUGUCUAGUGGUUCCCGUUACAGAUCCUGGCGCACGCAAGACGGCCCAAGAGCGGCUCCUGGCUCGAGCCAGGAAGGUACGAAUGUCAGCUGAGCUGCAGGGGGGUCUCUCCUUCAUGUUUCUGUUUUGUGUGUGUGUGUGUGUUUGACAUCCAGUUCCUGCCGUACGGUUACGGGCCAGGUGGAGAGAAAAUGAUUGUUGAGGCAGCGGGGGAGAUCGAUGACGAUGAGUACAUAUCGAUGAACAUGCAAUUGAGAAAAGGCCCCACUCACCGUGUCGUGUGUUGUCUCUAUCAGGGAAGAUUAUUGGCCCGACCGAGAAAUGAAUGGCCCUCACCUUGGUGAUGAGUUUCAGGCUGCACGUGAGCAGUCUGGUGGAGCGGGGAGCUCAGGGGAGUAAUUGCUAUGCGUCAGCUGGGGUGUGGUGGUCGGUGGGGAGUCUGCUGUACUGCGAG